UGCAAGGAGAUUGUUGUGAACAUUAUUAAAUGUUAUUCAUCCAUAUGGAAUUUAUUUAGAGUACGGACAGAGAAUCUUUUUCCUUACUUGAUGGAAAACAAAGGAAAACGAUUGAAAUGUUAAUCAAUCCGCAAUUUUCCUAUAUUAUUGUCCCAUAUGGUUGGUACAGAUGCCUUUUCGGGUAAAUUCCCUAUCCACCUUAUGUAAUUCUUAGGGAUCUAACUCCAUUUCAACUCUUUCAGAAAGAAUUAUGCUGGCCAUUUUAGUUUGGAAGUAUCCUUUUAGAUCAAGUAAAUCACAAAUUGUAUGAGUAAUUGCAUAUACAUAAUAAAAUAAAUCCUAUUGAUACUACUAUAUAUUCCUAUGAGAUAAAAAAAACUAUUGUAUGUAUAUAAUUAAAUAAAUCCUAUUGAAGGUUGAAAAUUGUCUCAAUUAUUGAUAGAUUAUAUUUGUUAUAUAUGAGAAAAAGAUACUACUACAUAUCCUUAUAUUCUUGUUCUUGCUGAGCUUGAGUUUCAACCUCUAGUUAUGUUGGUCAACACCACUGCUACAAUUCCAAUCUGUUGUGAAGUCAAGGUGCACCGUUCUAUAUGCAUAGAGCUUCAAGGUUUCAUUGAUAGAAUUUUGCAAAUUAUUUUAUCCAUUGAAUCUGCGAGACCAAAUUGUGCCUUGGCAAUUCAAACAUUAUGCUCUUUGCACUUCACUUUGGAUAAAGCCAAGUUCGUUAUCAAACACUGUUCCGAGUCCAGUAAACUCUACUUGGCAAUAACAUCACAGAAGAUACUUUCAAGAUGUGAAAAGAUAAGAAUCUCUUUUGAGUUUUACUUGGAUCAGAUUCAAAAUACUGUUCCCAUUCAAUUAGCUUCUGUGAUAUGUGCAAUACUAGAGGAUCUAAGGGAUACAAAGUUUUCAUUAGAAUAUGAAGAUGGGACUAGGAAAGUUUUACAUUCACUACUUGAGAAGGAAUUUCCAGAUUCAACUUCUAGAGAGAAUUCAGAACUUGAAGCUAUUCAAAUUGUGGCUUUGAUGUUGGAUAUGAAGUCUUCAAUCUCUCUCUUAGAAGAGAGAAAGAAUCUUAAGAAGCAAAUUGAAAAAGUCAAAAACACAAACCAAAAGGAGAAGGAACUUCUAGAAUACCUUUUGUAUUUGUUGAUUAAAUAUGAGAAAUUUAUUUGAGUUUCAAAAUGGUAGGAAUGUGUGAACAAGUCAAAGAUUCUACGUACCCAAUAGUUGGAAAUUUAUGUUAUUUAUUAAAGCAUUAUUGUUGUCCCUUGACCAUUAGGACCAUUUAUAGGAGAAGAAGUUGCUAAGCAAACAAUUAAAUUUGUUGUAUUGUUUGGUUUUAUUCAAGACAGUCUUUGAAGAUGGGUAAGACGGUCUAUAAUACAUAUGAUUUUAUA